AUGUCAUCGAGCGAUGAAACGCAUAAUUUGGAAGAGGGGCAAAAUUUUGAAGAGAUAGAUGACGAGGAAGCCGGGAAAUAUGACAGGAACGAAAGUUAUGCGGAGGAGACAUUACCGCGUGAAAGUCUUUCAAAAGAAAUAAUUUCGGAAUGCAUAUCAAUGCCAUAUCGACUCGGGUAUGGUUUCUCGCACGCCUUCGUCAAGCUGGAUUGUUCCGAUAGGCGUCUCUCGGAUAUCGAGAUACUUCGUGGCUACAUACAUCUACGAUUCGUUAUCCUGACAAAUAACUUCAUCACAGACAUUAGUCCAGUGUCGCACAUUGGUCAUCUCAUCUAUUUGAAGGCGGACAACAAUCAAAUUGAAAGGGCGGAUUGUUUGAACAAGCUGCGAUUUUUACAAUACUUGGACUUAUCUGGAAACAAACUUACUACCAUCAAUGAUCUGAAGUUACCUUUCUUACAACACCUGAAGGUUAACGAAAACGCUAUUGGAACUUUGAAUUCAACUGGAUACGGUAUCCCACCCGAACAGUUUCCAGCUUUGGCCACCCUUGAACUACGUUCCAACCGACUAACCAGUUUUGAGGGGAUUGGCGCACUUACCACGCUCACUUCAUUGUACUGUGCCGAGAACAGUCUGAAGGAUACUUCUGGUCUGUCUAAGCUGACUGGCUUGGUACGUUUGCAUGCACGUGAUAACCGAAUCUCAAGCUUAAACGGCAUCACAGUCGCAAUGUCAAAAAACGCUAUUGGAACUUUGAAUUCAACUGGAUACGGUAUCCCACCCGAACAGUUUCCAGCUUUGGCCACCCUUGAACUACGUUCCAACCGACUAACCAGUUUUGAGGGGAUUGGCGCACUUACCACGCUCACUUCAUUGUACUGUGCCGAGAACAGUCUGAAGGAUACUUCUGGUCUGUCUAAGCUGACUGGCUUGGUACGUUUGCAUGCACGUGAUAACCGAAUCUCAAGCUUAAACGGCAUCACAGUCGCAAUGUCAAGUCUGGAGUAUCUCAAUCUCAGGGGAAAUCGGCUCUCCAGUUUUCGAGCCGUCAAAUUGUUGUCGGCUCUGCCUUCCUUGAAAGUACUUAACUUACUACAAAAUCCUAUCUGCGACAAAGAUGAAUACCGAUUGACUGUGAUUGGCCUCAUCAGUCGUCUACAGAAACUGGACAAGGAGCGCGUGACUGAUUCCGAACGAGCUGACGGCGCAUCUGUGGUCGCAAACAAGAGUGAUUGGGACGAAGACGCCAGUGAAGCCGAGGCGAUGGAAGAACACCACAACGCGGAGGGUUUGGCUGAGGAAGUUGGUGAGGAGGGUGGAGAGGUUCCCAAUGAACAACAGCCAGCUGAAGAUCAGGAAGAUGAAAAUGCGGAAGAAGAGGGUGAGGGGGAGGAGGAGGAGGACGAAGAAGACUAGUUUUUCAUGGACAUCGAUGCUGUUUUCCUAUCAUACCUCCCAUCUCUGGUACACCAAUUGUACAGUGAUUGCUGAUUUUGCUUUUGAACCCGGUUUACUUUUCUCUUCACAAAACGCUGAAGAAAUUCAAUCCAUACAUCUACUGUAUCAACUGAGAAUCAAAUAAAUCUGACUUAUUUUCGUG